AUGCUGGACACUCGUCGAAGUAUCCCUCCAGGUAAUGAAUACAACACAGUUCGCAGGACUCGCAGUGCUGAACUGAAACGGUUUCUAAAAGAGAAUGGAGAGACCUGGUGGGCACAACGCGCUUCCGAGAUGGAACUAGCCUCUGCUUCCGGUAAUGCUCACAAACUUUUUCGACUAAUCCGAGACACUGGUAACAAAAAGCCAUGCGUCAGGGAAACCAUAUACGAAAAUAAAGGUGAAUGUAUCCACAAACUACAACGUUGGCUUCGGUGCUGGGCGGAGCUAAUCCAUCAACAACUCUGUUGGCCAAGGAUAUCACCACCUCCAUCUCCAGAUGCCUGUAGUGCUCCAUCGACUGUGGACAUUUCAUCGCCUACAGAGGAAGAAGUCUCCCGAGAGCUCAGACUUCUGAAACGUCACAAAUCGCCCGGUCUAGAUGGGCUCCUUCCGGCCCUUUUCAAAGACGAUGAUGCACGCUGUCUGAGAAUUAACUUUCUUAUUUCAAACCAACUGGAAUACUGA